CCCGAUAUUAUUAUAUAUAUAAGCCAACUGUGUCAUUUUGAUUUAUUUUCUUAUAUACUAAUACCAUUUUACACUACCACUACUACUACUACUACUACUACUACUACGCAUUAUAGAAAUAAUCUUUAUUAGAAAAGUUUACAUUAUAGAUUGAUAGCAACAAUAUGUUAUAUCCGAUAUUCUGGUUGAUAACACUAGGAACUUGUAUUCCGUUGUCAUCCUUCAACGUUCAAGAAACAACAAACUACAUCUUGAAUGCAAUAAAUGAUCCUCAGAAGGAAAUACAGAUUGAGAAUAUCUUGAAGAACCCCCUUGUUUAUAAGGAUUACCCUCCUAUAGUGAGUCUUCCCAAGAAGGAUCAACGCACUUUAAAAGAUGGAGAAAUUCCUGAUUACGUACUAAAGUAUUCUCCCUUGGUACACUUGUAUAGCGAGGAAAGAUAUCUUCCUUAUGAUAUCCAAAAGUUUGUCACGAACUUUCAUGUUACUUAUAAAAACGGCACUAUAAUACCAGGAACCGAAGAAGAUAUGACCUUGGAAAAGUUAUCCAAGUUGCCUAAACAUUCGGAAAUCUUUUUGACUUCGAAUAGCGACUUUGAUAAGAAUCCAGAAUGGAUCACCGGUUUCAAGAAUAAGCCUAAUUUGAUUAACGGUGAAAUUAAAGAUGCCCCUGCGGUAUUAAUCACCGUGGAUAAAGGUAACGGAUGGGUUGAUUCUUACUGGUUUUACUUUUAUUCAUUCAACUUGGGCCCAUUUGUUAUGGGUCAAGGACCUUAUGGGAACCAUGUUGGUGAUUGGGAACAUUCUCUUGUGAGAUUUUACAAGGGAGAACCAAUUAUUGUUUGGAUGUCAGCACACGGAGGAGGAGGAGCAUUCUAUUAUAAGAAUUUAGAAAAGUAUUCUCUUGAUGAAAAACAUCCGAUUAUAUUCAGUGCUAGAGGUACACAUGCUAACUACCCUAGUGUAGGACAAUACCCUCAUGAUUUACCCUAUGGAAUCCUUUCUGACUUUACUGACCGUGGUCCAUUAUGGAACCCAAGUAAGAAUUAUUUAGGAUACACUUACGACGGUAAACAUGUGUUUCCUACUACAAACCAUCUGAACCCUAAACAAGCCGGAAGAGAAUGGCAGUAUGGUAAUUGGUUAUCGUACACGGGUCAUUGGGGAGAUCAACAGUUACCCGAUGAUGAUCCUCGACAAGUGUAUUCAUUUAUCGGGGGAUACAAGUAUAUUGAUGGGCCAAUGGGACCAUUGAUGAAGAAUUUAUUAAGAUUGAAGCCAUGUGAACGAGCCAAAUGGUGGAAUUUCUGGUCUGGGUGCAAUGUCAGACAAAAUAUCAAAUGGGGAGUUGGAAUUGAAAGCGAGGGUUAUAAUUGUGGGAAUUUAUUUAUUAACGUACGACCAACAUGGUUAAAGAGUGGUUUGCAGCGAGUCACCUGGGGUGGAGGAUUUUGUUAUAUUAUCGACUUGAUUUACGGGUGAGAUGAAGAUUUAUUUAUGUUUUCAAGUUUACUUCUAUUAAUAAUUUAAUUUAAUAUCAACCUUUUUGAAUUAUACGUAAGAUGACAGUAAAAGACUUGUGGCUGCGUGAGCGCCGUUGAGAGUAUGACACUUCCGAUUGGAUGAUUAGUGGUAUCUUAGUAGAGGGAGGGGGCGGCAGAGGCCAAGUUGGAGAUAAUGUAAACAUGCAAUCUAUCUGAGACAAUCUCUAGUUGCAAAUUGCGAUGGACAAAAAGAAAUUUAAAUUAUCCCGAGUCAUAUAAAAUAUAAGGAAAUAAAAACAAACUUAUGAAUCCAGAAACCUUCCCUCGAAGAUCAGGAGAGAAGU